AUGGGUGUAGUUUCUAGAACGGUUUUCCCCGUCUGCGAAAGCCUCUGUUGCUUUUGUCCGGCUCUGCGCGCCAGAUCGAGACAUCCCGUCAAGAGAUAUAAACAUCUUCUCGCUGAUAUCUUCCCUCGAUCCCUGGAUGAGCAACCUAAUGAUAGAAAAAUCAGUAAACUAUGUGAAUAUGCUGCGAAAAACCCUCUUCGUAUUCCUAAGAUUACAACCUCUCUUGAACAAAGGUGUUACAGGGAAUUGAGAACGGAGCAAUUUCACUCUGUAAAGAUUGUAAUGUGUAUCUACAAGAAGCUCUUGGUUUCCUGUAACGAACAAAUGUCGUUGUUUGCUAGUAGCUACCUUGGCCUCAUUCAUAUUCUUCUAGAUCAGUCCAGACAUGAUGAGAUGCGCGUUUUAGGUUGUGAAGCUCUCUAUGAUUUUGUUACCAACCAGACAGAGGGCACAUACAUGUUUAACUUAGAUGCGUUGAUCCCAAAAAUCUGUCCUUUAGCUCAUGAAUUGGGAGAAGAAGAAAGGACAACAAAUUUGUGUUCUGCUGGGCUCCAAGCUCUCGCAUCCUUGGUUUGGUUCAUGGGAGAAUUUUCACAUAUCUCAGUGGAAUUUGACAAUGUCGUCUCUGUUGUCUUAGAAAAUUAUGGAGGCCUCAUUCAAUCUUCCACUGCUACGGUAAAUCAAGAAAACAAGAUUUCUUCUAUUGAUAAAGAACUUUCUCCCGCAGAAGCUGAAUCAAGGAUUGCUUCUUGGACAAGAAUCGUGGAUGACAGAGGCAAGGCAAUUGUAUCUGUGGAGGAUGCUAAAAGCCCCAAGUUUUGGUCGAGGGUUUGUCUGCAUAAUCUGGCAAAGUUAGCAAAGGAAGCUACAACUGUGCGGCGUGUCCUCGAGUCACUCUUCCGCUACUUUGAUUUCAAUGAAGUUUGGUCCACUGAGCAUGGUCUUGCUUUAUAUGUUUUACAGGACGUUCAGUUGUUGAUAGAACGAUCUGGGCAAAACACACACUUCUUGUUGUCUAUCCUGAUCAAGCAUCUUGAUCACAAGAAUGUUCUAAAGAAGCCUAGAAUGCAACUGGACAUAGUUUAUGUUGCUACUGCACUUGCCCAACAGACAAAAGUUCUGCCAUCCGUGGCAAUAAUUGGUGCGUUAAGUGAUAUGAUUAGGCAUCUGAGGAAGAGCAUUCAUUGUUCAUUAGAUGAUUCGAAUCUUGGGAAUGAGAUGAUCCAAUAUAAUCUCAAGUUCGAAACUGCAGUUGAACAAUGCCUUGUGCAAUUAUCUCAGAAGGUAGGAGAUGCAGGUCCUAUCCUUGACAUAAUGGCUGUCAUGUUAGAAAGCAUGUCGAAUAUUACAGUCAUGGCAAGAACCCUAAUCGCCGCUGUUUUUCGCACAGCACAAAUUAUCGCAGCUAUACCAAAUCUAUCAUAUGAAAACAAGGCUUUUCCAGAUGCACUAUUCCAUCAACUGCUUCAAGCUAUGGUCUGUGUUGACCAUGAAUCGAGGAUGGGGGCCCACCGUAUAUUUUCUGUUGUUCUGGUCCCAUCAUCUGUUUGUCCAAAUUCAGUUCCAAAGUCUAGAAGGCCUGCUGAUAUGCAGAGGACAUUGUCAAGAACCGUGUCUGUGUUUUCUUCUUCAGCUGCACUAUUUAGAAAACUGAAGGUGGACUCAGAUGAUUCUGUGGAUGGUAAUGCAAAGAUUGAGAGAGUUUCAACACUUAGUAGGUCACAGUCAAAAUUCACAAGAGGUGAAAGUUUUGACGACGAGGAGCCGAAGAACAAUACUAGCUCAGUAUUGAGCCGGUUAAAGUCAAGUUACAACAGAACUCAGAGUGUGAAAAGGAACCCCUCAUUAAUGAUAUCAGAUCAGAAUUCUUCAGGAGGUUCACCAGAUAAACCAGUGAUACCUCUAAGACUAAGCAGCCACCAGAUUUGCCUUUUGCUUUCGUCGAUUUGGGUGCAGUCCUUGUCUCCUCACAACAUGCCACAAAAUUAUGAGGCCAUAGCUAAUACAUAUAGUUUAGUACUUCUAUUUGGACGGACUAAGAACUCCAGCAAUGAGGUAUUGGUCUGGAGCUUUCAGCUAGCAUUUUCUUUGCGGAAUCUGUCACUUGGAGGACCAUUGCAGCCAUCACGGCGUAGAUCCCUCUUUACUCUGGCUACAUCUAUGAUAAUUUUCUCAGCGAGAGCCUUCAACAUCCCUCCUCUUGUUAAUAGCGCCAAAACCGCACUACAAGAAAAAACGGUAGACCCGUUUCUUCAAUUGGUGGAAGAUUGCAAGCUAGAUGCUGUUUUCUAUGGACAGGAAGAGCAACCAGCAAAGAAUUAUGGAUCAAAAGAAGACGAUGAUGACGCCUUAAAUUCACUUGUGGCUAUAGAAGAAACUACACAGAAUCAACCUCGAGAAUAUUACGCUACCAUGAUAAUGAAGUUUCUGGGAAAACUAUCAGAUCAAGAUUCGUCUUCUAUAAAAGAGCAGCUAGUUUCAGAUUUUAUACCUAUCGACGGUUGUCCAGUUGGAACGCAGUUGACAGAAUCUCCAGUUCAAGUUUACCGUUCUGAAGAAAAAAACAACAAACCUCGAGAAAAUGCUGAAACUCAAUUGCUUAUAACGGAGAAUGAUGCAAUGGCGAGUCCUCCAGAAGAUCAGCUUGGUCUUGACACACAACCUAAUGCCAAAACUGCGUUUCUUCUGAGCAUCGAUGAACUUCUAAAUGCAGUGUCUCAGACAACAGCACAAUUAGGAAGAUACUCAGUGUCUGACCCACCAGACAUGACAUACACAGAAAUGGCAGGACAUUGCGAGGCUCUUCUCAUGGGGAAGCAAGAGAAGAUGUCUUUCAUGUCUGCAAAAAGCAACAAAUUCAGCAACCAAACCAAGGAAACUACUGCUUUGCCUUGUGGUGGGAACCCGUUUGUGGAUCAGAGAAACUCGUUGGAGAUGAUGGGAUUAAGUGCACCGGCGGCUUCAAAUAUGUGCGUCACAGAGUAUCAAAACCAUCCUCCUUUCUUCAAUCCUCCUGCCUCUACUCCUUUCGACAACUUCCUUAAACCCGUUGGUUCCUCCUGA